AUGGCUGCGGAUUCUGUAUCUAAUGCUAAUGAUGGUGCAACAAGGUCCAGUAGUAUUAAUGAAUAUUAUGGAGCAGACCAGGAAGCAGUAGAACACAACGAUAGGUUGGAAUUGGUUAGGUAUCACCAGUGGAAAUUCAAGAGACGUGUUGGAUAGACUUGAAACAUUAUCUCGAGAGUUGUCGAGAAGAACUACAAGAGAUGGUAGGAUUGAGAUAGACCCAAACAAUUUUGAUUUGCACAAGAUUUUGCUGAGUUUUAUCGAGACGUCAAAGAGUCAAGGGAUCAAAUUGAGAAAAUCUGGUGUCAGCUUUAA